AUGACAGUCGAGUCCGAGCCCGGUAAUGGCUGGGGCCUGGUGUUCCAAGAGGCGGAGUCAGAUGAGGAGGAGGAAGAGGGGCCUGGUCAGACGGGGGGGGAGGGGACUCGGUCCCGCAGCAGAAGGAGUUGGAUCUGGAACCAGUUCUUUGUAAUUGAGGAGUACAGUGGGCCGGAACCUGUGCUCAUCGGAAGGCUGCACACUGACAUGGACCGAGGUGAUGGACGCACCAAGUACUUGCUGCGUGGUGAGGGGGCGGGGUCGGUGUUUGUGAUUGACGAGAAGACAGGCAACAUCCAUGUCACCAAGCCCCUGGAUCGUGAGGAGAAGGACGAGUACCGCCUCAUCGCUACAGCAACCGAUCGGCAGACCGACCGGGCCCUGGAGCCAUCAUCCACGUUCAUCAUCAGAGUACAGGACAUCAACGACAACCCCCCUCUGUUUGAAGAAGGGCCCUACAGCGCCACCGUGCCUGAGAUGGCCAACAUAGGUACUUCUAUAAUCCAGGUGACAGCAACAGAUGCUGACGACCCAACCUAUGGGAACAGUGCCAGGCUGGUGUAUACACUUGUGCAGGGACAGCAGUUCUUCUCUGUGGACCCACAGACAGGUAUCCUGCGUACAGCAGUGCCUGAUAUGGACAGAGAAACCCAGGACCAAUACCUGGUUGUCCUGCAGGCCAAAGACAUGGGGGGCCAUCUGGGAGGUCUUUCAGGGACCACUACUGUCACUGUCAGGCUGAGUGACGUCAACGACAACCCUCCUCGCUUCACCCAGAGUAUGUGGUCCUUCUCUGUGUCAGAGCUGGCUGUUCUGGGGGCGGAGGUGGGCCGUAUCUCAGCAACAGACGCUGACCUAGGCGACAAUGCCAAGCUGGAAUAUACCAUCCUGGAAGGAGAGACGGGGGACACCUUCAACAUCAGCGGAACGAACCAAGAGGCCGUGAUCACCCUGAACAAGGCUGUAGACUAUGAGAGUCGUAGCUCCUACUCCUUCUCCGUGGAGGUGUUGAACCCUAUGGUGGAUUCUCGGUUCCUGCGGCGUGGGCCCUUUAAGGACCGCGCCUCCAUCAGGGUGGCUGUGCUGGACGCUGACGAGCCGCCUCGUUUCUCCCGGACGCACUACCGGAUGGACGUGUCCGAGAACUGCCCUCCCGCUUGCACUGUGGGAAGGGUUAGUGCUGUGGACCCUGAUACUGGACUCACCAACAACAUCAGAUUCUCUAUUGAUCCCCAGUCAGACCAGGAGGCUCUGUUUCGUAUCACUGCAGACAGCGGCCUCAUCACCACGGUAAUGGAGCUGGACCGUGAGCGAGAGCAGUGGCACAACAUCACCGUCAUCGCCAUGCAGAGAGACAACCCCAGCCAGGUGUCCAGAGUGGUGGUUGCCAUAGAGACGCUGGAUUUGAAUGACAAUGCGCCCGAGCUGGACAGACAGUACACAGCAGCCAUGUGUGACUCAUCAGCCACUGGACAGGUGGUGCAGGUGUUGCGUGCCAUUGAUCGAGAUGAGGGAGGGAAUGACAGUGCUGUAUAUUUCAACAUCCCUUCAGAGUCCAGCUUCGCCCUCAACUUCAGCAUUAGGGACAGUGGAGGCCCCAGUGCCACCCUGUUGCUCCUGUCGCCCCUGCAGCCCCUCUCCCACUCCUUCUCCUCCUCCCUCACGCUACACGUUCCCCUGGUGUUAAGGGAUGGGACGUCUGGCCUGACCUCCACCGGGACAGUCACUGUGUCCAUCUGCCCCUGCUUGAGAGGAGGGGCCCGGGCUGGGGAGAAGGAGAGACAGGAGAGGCAGACAGAGGGAGACUGGGAGUGGGAGAGAGAGACGGUGUGUGUCCCACAGCAGUCUACCUCCCCCUCCCCUGGGCUCAGCACUGCCGCCCUGCUGGCCAUAUUGGCCUGUGUUGCCACUCUGCUGGCAGUCAGUGCCCUGUCCCUGUCCCUGCGUCGUCAGAAGCGGGACUCUCUGUCUCCCCUGGAGGAGGACGAUGUUAGGGAGAACAUCAUCACCUACGAUGACGAGGGAGGAGGCGAGGCCGACACGGCCGCCUUUGACAUCGCAGCGCUCCAGAGCGCCCCCCACAGCUCACGCAGGGGAUACCGCACUCUGGACAGCAGGAACAUACGCUACUCCCAGCACGUCCAGGACAAGGCCCGUGCAUACAACUGGGCCCAGAACCCAGCCCUGGACCCGGCCUACUCCGGCCCUGGGGGGCCCCUGUACGGCCGCCUCUGCUACAGCAGCCACACCCUGCCUGUUCUCCGACGUACUCCAGGGGGCCAGUUUGAGCCGGGCUUGGCUGAGCUGGCCUACCGCUUCUCUGGGGGCCACCCAGACCACUCUCUGGUCAUCCAGAAUCAGGGGGCCGUGGUGGGGGCCCUGGAGCCAGGGGCCGUGUACGUAGGACCAGCUGAAAUGAGCAGCAGAGAGAGUAGAGACGGAACAGGCCCACAGAGCGGGGUUAGCACCUCAGAUGGAGGGACGCCACGGACCAAUAACAGCCAGGAGAUGGGUGAAGGGGGAGGAGCUAUGAGCAACUGUACAGAGAACAGUAGUGAGCAGCAGAGCCACAGUCAGGACUCGGUGGACUGGCACCGUUCCCUGUCACUGUCCCGGACUGACCCUCUUCCUCCUCCUCAUUCCACUGCCCUGUCCCUGUCCCGGACUGAUCCUCCUCCUCGUUCCCCUGCCCUGUCCCUGUCCCGGACUGACCCUCCUCCUCCACCUCAUUCCCCUGCCCUGUCCCUGUCCCGGACUGAUCCUCCUCCUCGUUCCCCUGCCCUGUCCCUGUCCCGGACUGACCCUCCUCCUCGUUCCCCUGCCCUGCCCCGGACUGACCCUCCUCCUCUUCCUCGUUCCCCUGCCCUAUCCCGGAUUGACCCUCCUCCUUCUCCCCGUCCCCUGCAGGUCCAGUCUGAGACCCCCCCCCGAGAGAGGGAGCACACCCUGGUCCUGACCCGUUCCGGCUCCAUGGCUGGCCAGAGUCACGGUGGUGCCUGGGUGUGUGAUUCAGCCACCCUGCCCAUGGCGGGUCGCAGGGCCUUCCACGCCGGCCUGUCCCCCAAAUGCACUGGCUCUGGUUCAGCUGAACCAGAAUCCUCUGGUGGUGGAUGUGGUGGUGGAGGGCCUGGAACCAACUGCCCAGAUGGCCAGGCUCAGCAGUCAGCCGCCCGCAAAUACGCCAGCAUCCUGCAGGGGGAGGCAGCGGGACAGAGGCAGGAUUACCCCGGGAGCCUGGGGAGGGGAGGACUAGAGAUGGGAAGCAACUUUGUGGUGGCCAGGCCGGACAGGGAGGGUGGAGGAAUAUCUCUGACCGGGACUUCUUGCGGGGGGAUGUACCCAGAAGGGUUCAUGGCUGACUGGCGGGACAGGGUGGGUAUGGGGGCAUACGUUUUAGGAAGGAGGGAUAUGACCCCCCAGAUGCUGCCCUUCCCAGGUCACGCCAGGGGCGCAUACGGGGGCAUCAUGGGGUACGGGGCAGGGUGGGUCCAAGGGAUGGAGGCAGGGAGAGGGGGUCCAGUACCAGGUGGUCACUCCUUGGCCCUCAGGGUGGGUGAGUUCCUCCGCCUGCGUCUGGCUCAGGUCACCUUUGACCCCUCACAGCCGCCCUAUGAUUCAGUGCAGGUGUACGGGCUGGAGGGUACAGGGUCACGUGCAGGCUCCCUCAGCUCACUGGAGAGUGAGGGAGAGAAGGAUGCAGAGAAGGAGGAGUGGGGAGGAGGGCUGGAGGAGUGGGGUCCGCAGUUUCAGGAACUAGCCAAGCUGUUCCAUGAUAGGGAGAAAGAUAAAGUGGAGGAGAAGGAGGUAGAGAACAACAAAAAAGAGGAUGCAAAAGAGGAGGGGGAGAAAGAGGAGCCCUCUGGAGAUGAGAAGAACGACUGAGAGGGAGAAGGAAAAGGAGAGAGAAUGAAGGAGGGGUAAAAGGCAAGCAGAGCUAGAGUAAUGGAGAAGUUAAAGGAGAGAGAGAUGAAGAGGGAGAGUAAUAAAGAGACAGAUAAAAAUGUGCCCAG